GAAACCCUAGCCGGGCUCCUCGUGCUCUGCUAUCCUCCCGCCGCCGGUGACCAUGGACGCGGAGCAGCUCCUGCCGUACAUCUACUCCUGCCUCCCCGAGCCGCCAGUCUCCCACACCGCCCGCCUCGCCGCCCGCCGUACCGCCCCCUACCACGGCGUCGACCGCAUCAGCGGCCUCUCCGACGCGCUCCUCCACGACAUCGUCUCCCGCCUCUCCUUCAAGGAAGCCGCGCGCACCGCCGUGCUCGCGACGCGCUGGCGCCGGGUCUGGCUCUCCGCGCCGCUCGUCCUCGUCGAUACCCACCUCCUGGAACACUGGCCCCCGACCCGCGCCGACGCGCCGGCCGUCUCCGCCGCUGUGUCGCGCGCCCUGGCGGCGCAUCCCGGGCCCUUCCGCUGCGUCCACCUCCUCUGCACCCCCAUGGACGCGUGCCACGCCAAGCUCAAGCGCUGGCUCCGUCUCAUGGCCGCCAAGGGCGUCCAGGAGCUCGUCCUCGUCAACCGCCCCUGCCCGCGCGAGGUGAAUCUCCCUGGCACGCUCUUCCGCAUCGCCACCCUCACCCGCCUCUACGUCGGCCUCUGGAAGUUCCCUGAUGUGGCCUGCCUCGGCGACGCCUCCUUCCCCAACCUCCGCGAGCUCGGCAUCUUCAGCGUCGUCAUGGAGGACGGGGAUGUCGAAGCCAUCGUCGCCAGGAGCCCCGUUCUGGAGACCCUCAACAUUCAAGGGAGCAUGAAGGGGCUGGGCCUCCGCCUCGUCAGCCAGAGCCUCCGGUGCGUGCAGAUCUGCGAUUCCGUGAUGGAGAUCGUCGUCGUGGUGGAUACCCCGCGCCUCAAGCGGCUCAUCCUGUACAAGGUUCGGGGAUCUCUAAACUCUGCCAGUGGCUUGCGCACGGCGAUCAACAUUGGCAAUGCCCCCAACCUGAAACGAUUCGGGUACCUGGAGCCAGGAAAGUACGCCCUUGAGGCCGGCGGCACCAUCAUCAUGCCAAGCGCAAACACUAUGUUCACAAGCGUGACUACGCUCAGCCUGAAUGUGCGUUUUGGAGUCCAUGAUGAUGCCAAGAUGUUGGCCACUUUCCUGAAGUGCUUUCCUAAUGUGUCGAGUCUGCAUAUCAGGUGUGAAAGAUGUGAUGAACCCACUGGGAAGCUCGAACUUAAGUUGUGGGAUGAGGUUGGCCCUAUUUGAGCAUUAUGUUGCGCAUCGAGAUUAUGACUAUCCGUGAAUUCAGAGGGGAGGAAGGCGAGAUGGCCUUUCUCAAGUACUUCCUGCAGAACGCAAGGGUGCUGACUGCUGAGGCAUGCGGUGUUCAUCUUCCCCAAUCCUGAUUUAUCUUCAAUUUCAAGGGCGAAAGGGCGGUCCAUAGCGGGGAAUCUGACUAAUCUGAGAUGGGGCAGUACUAAAGGCUGCGGAAUCAUCCAAGCGUAAUGUCCGUUGGAGUGGAGUGGUCAGUGUUCUUUUGCAACAUCGUACUACAAGCGAUCGUUUUGGGCAGUGUUCUUGGUUCUAGCAUGAUUAGCUUGAAGUGUUGAGGUCAGUGGUGCUACUGUUCAUGGACCAUUCCUAUGCAUGUCAGCAUGUCUUCUGUUUAAGUAGAUAAUGCUGCUUUAGCUUCUGCUGGGCUUAUCUUGGUAGUGAUGGCUGCCUGAGAAAACCAGAUUGUAAAACUGGAUGUUAUUUGGCUUCUCUUUGGCUUAAGUAGUGUAGUGGGGAUGGUUUGAUAGAACUUAA